AUGUCUAUUCGAACAAAUCCCAUGGAAGCAGUGCCUUUAUUGUUGAAGCGUUUGAGGACAGUUGAAAAACAAGCAAAUUUGGAGGAUCUGAAGUCUGUGUUAAUUAACAUAAAGGAUGUGUUUUCCUUGGUGAAGAAAAACGAAGAAGAACUCCUUGACACAUUAACAGUGGUGGAUGGCUAUAUUCGCAAGUCCAACAUACGUAAGUUGAUGGAAGAGAAGAAAGACAUUUGCAAGAGAAUAAUGAAUGCAACUCAAAAGCUGCUACCAGGUGGUGCUAUUCAAAGUAGUAAUAUAGAGGUUGCCCAGUCAUCAGGCAAACCAUUUCAACAUGUGAAACGAGCACUCCCUUCACACCAACUUCAGGACUUUGGAAAGUAUAAGGUAAAUUAUCACAACCUUGGUCAUCUUUGUCACAAACGUGGCUUUUUGUCUCUCUUAUCUUUCCCUGAAAAUCUUAUUUUAAGUAAAAAGAAUAUGCUUACAUGGUGGAUGGGAAUUGGUGACAUCCAUGGAGAGGAAGAUGGUGAGGAUGUGUUUGUUGAGCUUUUCCAUUGUAACCUAAUUGUACCAUAUACUCAACAAGGAAAAUUUCCCCUUGUGAAUAAAUUUAAACUUAAUCCUUGGGUAUAUAAUAGCCUGAAACCAUUGUUCCAUAAUGAUAAAAAGCAACCUUUCGGAGUUUAUUCACGAAUAAUCUCAUCUCAUGGUAAUGAUACUUCGUAUGAUUGUUUAACACUUGAUCAACGAAAAGUUAAGCUAAGUGAUGAGCUUGGUUUUGAAUCUAACCAUUGGAGAUCUAUUUUUAAUGUGAAUACAAGUUAUGUUAAAUUUGGACUCCAAUGGAUGGCCAAAAUGAAGCAUUUGGAGGUGCUUCAUCUCGGUCGUUGGCUGCAACAUUCUGCUUCACAUCAUAUUGAAGUGGAGAGUGAAGAAUUCCUCAAGGAGUUGAAAGGUCAAGAGUACUUGAAGUAUCUUAGCCUUCGCGGUAUAUCAAGAAUAUCAGAACUCCCACCCUCCAUUUUUCAACUUAAGAACCUCGAAACUCUAGAUCUCAAGGCCUGUCACAAUCUAGAAACCUUACUGUUAGUGUGA